AGUCCUGGGCGGAGCAGGAGAGACCGGAGCUGCCAGCGCCGCCGCCUCUGCACCGGGGACCGGGGAGCCGAGCCCAGGACACGGGGUCCCUCGUGCCCGCAGCGUCCAUCGGCAGCGCGGAGCCCAGGGGGAUCUGGAGCCUCGGCCGCAGGGCUGGCCCCUCCCUGCCCGGUGCUGGGGGUAGCGCUGGGAUGAAAAGACGCACCGCCACCUGCUGGACGCUCCUCCUGCUGGCCGCCGCCUUCUGCGACAGCGUCACCUGCAAGGGCGGGCGGGGCGGGGCCCGGGGGGCGGCCCGUGGCAGGGGCAUGGCCCGCAGCCGGGCCAAGGCUGCCCCUCGCUACGGCUCCUCGGGAGCGGGGCUGCGGGUGGCGGCAGCGGCGGCGGCGGGCGCGGCGGCGGGCGUGGCGGCAGGAGCGGCCCACAGGAGGAUGAGGAUCUCUGGGGAGCUUGGUCCAGACGACGGCUCCGAGUUCCAGGAAGGCAACAGGACGGGCAGCGGCGUGUACAGCUACCGCUCGUGGACCUCGGCUGCUGGGGCCCAGGACACGGCGCACCUUGCCAUCUCCUUCUGCCUGGCAACUGGCUUCUUCCAGCUCCUUCCCCUGUAAGGGCCUGUGGCACCCGACCGACCCUCCCCAUGUCGGAGCCUGCAGAGCGGCACCACCCUGCUGGGGCUCGGCAGCACCAGCCCCGUCCAGCUGCGUCUGCCCCAGCCCCCUGCAGGCCAAGCGGCUCUCCCGCCUGCUGCGGGGCCGGAGCAGCCUGCGCUGCCCAGCGGGCUGGAGCCGGAGCAGCUGCCAGUGAGCAGCUGCCUGAUCCCGCUGCGGCUUUGCCCUUGGCUGUGGUGAGGGCAGGUGGUGCAGCAGGAGAACCUAGCGCAGCAGCUGUGGGUGGCGUGAGGUUGCCAGGCACUGCCAUCGCUGCCGCUUGUGACGGCCCUACUCAUGCUGAUUGACAUGGACAUUUCCCAAAGCACCGGCCCUGCUAGCCUGUGCCACGAAGGGUGGGGCUUGGGCCCACAGGUUAAGGCAGAGCAUGAGGGGCAGAGCCUGGGCCGCCAAAACGGGGUAGGGCCAUGUGUCCCAGCCCCAAGGAGCUGCUGCCAGCCCCCUGCCUCGGGGCCCCGCUCUCCUGCCGAGACAUGGAAGGGAGGCCGGAGCGGCCUUGUGUGUCCCGUGGGGGCUGCGGUGAAGCUGCGUGGUGAGGGAAGCAGCUCCACUCCUAUGCCGGUACAAUGCGGAGCAGGAUCUCCUGGCGGGGGGGGGAGGAUCUGGAACUCUGGGCCAGCCUGUCCGAGCAUGUGGGGGGCCGGAGCUGGGUGUGAAGUGGGAUCCAACCUCCCCCUGGUUUGAACCCCAGCCGCUGGCACUGGCUCAGGCUGGUGAGGAUGGUGCCAAUUGAUUCCACAGCUGGAGGCAACGAUUAGAGCCAGCCGCUCCCAAACCAGAGAUGAGUGCCCUGGCUCCUUCACGCCCAAGGAUCCUCCUUGCCCAGCUGCCGCCUCCUCACCACUCACAGGAUCCCCCCAGACUGCCGGACAUUGGCUGAGGGGGUCUGACCCCCACUGACCUCAGCAACGCCCCCCCCCCCGCCGCAGGACGGACUGGCUUCCGCGAACUCUCUGCCCAAACGAGGCCCAUCGAGCCAGGCUGCUCGGGGGGAAGGCCCGAACAGCACUACCGGCCAUCGCCCCGCCUUGGGAGCCGCUCAGCCUGCAGGUUUGCCCUGACCGGGCUGCGCAGCCACACAGAGCCAUGCUGCGUUCCUGACCCAGCCGAGCCACGUCCCAGCCAGAAAACAUUCCGGCUGCUUUGGUUAGGGCCGUGGAGCGGGUGCCCGUUACAGCACAGGGCCAGCAUGGGGAAGGGUGGGCUCAGGUUCGCACAUACACCAGGUCAGUCUCUUGGUUUUGCGUGAAGACCACAGUGCCUCAGCCCCAAAUCCUCCGCACCUAAUCACAGCGCAGCACUGGCACGUCAGAGGCGUUCCGGGAAAAUCAGUCCGUUGGCGUUUGAACUGCUGAUCCGUCAGAAAUUGGCCCCAGAACAAGUUCCCGCUCUAAAUGCCCUGAUUUUGCAGGCCCCUCGAGCUUGAGAACGACACAGUGUUGGAAGACCAGAAGGCGGGUGGCAGAGCAAUCAGGCGGGGGGAGGGGGAGCCCAUGAGCUCAGUGCUCCUUUCUCCUGCCUGCGGUCACUGCCGUGCGCUCCCCAGCUCCUAGCCCCCUCCUCCCCACUACCUUGCACUCCAGGCCCAAGGGGCAGUCAGGUAUUAACCCUACCUCCUC